GGCAGCCGGCAGCGGGGAGUGAAGCAAUCCCCGAAUCAGGCUAUGGAUUCUGAAUCAAAGAACAGUUUCAUAGGAAGCUUUCUUCAGCCACCAGAUCAGAUGUUUCCUGCAGCCUUUGCUUAUACAGAAUCAAAGAAGUUGGCAGCUGUUGCUGGUGACAGGCCUUCUAUCCCAAAUAACCAGGCUGUAGUAGCAGCCCUGAAAACUCUUCAAGAAAAGAUCUACCGUUUAGAGCUGGAGAAGUCACAGGCUGAAGCUGAUCUGUGCAGCCUCUCCAGAGCAGCUGCUCAGUAUAAGAAGGCCUUAGAACAUGAAUCCUGUGAGAAGGACACAGCACAUCAAGAACUGAUGCAACAGAGGAAAGAUGCAAGUGAGCAGUUAAAUGCAGCACAGUCCCGCUGCUCCCUGCUGGAGAAACAGCUGGAUUACAUGAAGAAAAUGGUUUCCAGUGUGGAACUGGAAAAGAAAAUUAUUUUGGAACAACAGGCCCAGCUGCGGAAAGAGGAGGAUCAGAACUGGCUGGAACUGCAUGCAAAACUUGAAAAGCUUGAAAUACUAGAAAAAGAGUGUCUUCAACUUACUGCUACUCAGAGAAUUGCCGAAGACAAGAUCAAACACUUAGAAGAAAAGAUUUGUAAAGACCAUCAGCAGAAGCUAAUACAAGAUAAAAGUUCUCAGCUUCAAACAGGAUUUCAUAUAAACAGAAUUUUGAUGUCUUCAGCAACAUCUCAACAUGAACCUGAAAAUGAAAAUGGGAAGAAGAAAAAACCUAAGAAGACAAAUCCUACAAUGAAGAAAAUGCACCUUUCACAAUUACAUGUAAAGGCUGGUGAACUACCUUUUGUGGCUGGGAAGUCCAUCAGCUCCAGCCAUUCUGUCAGUGCAAACAUACAAAGUGUGUUGCAUAUUAUGAAGCAUCGCAAUCCAUGUAUCUCAUCACAAAGAAAAAGAGGAGCUACGUCUGGGAUUUGCAGACACAGUGCCCUUCCAAAGUAUGUAUCAUCGUGUGCCACGUCACCUACUGCCAACAGAAGUCUUUCAGACCUCUUGGCCACACAAGAUGAGCUGGGCCAAAUGAGCUUUGAGCAUCAAGAACUUCUGAAGCAGAUACAGGAGACUCAAGAUUCCCGAGUUCAUGAAGGCCUGGAACAGGAGCUGGAUUGCCUUGUAAAACAAAUGGAGAUUAAAGGAGAACAAAUAUCCAAGCUGAUAAGGCAUCAAGCUACUGUGCGGAAAUUAAAAACUCAGAAAUUGAAGCAAAGAGCAACUCAUGUCAAACUAAAGUGUGGUGACCAAAAGGAAGCAACAGAGAUUGCAGUCACUCUAAAGGAAAGUAAGUCUAAAUCUUGUCCUGGGCAGAAAAGCAGAAGCUCUCUUCAGCUGCUAAAAACUGUGAGGAAACUUCAAUCAUCUCUGAAAAAAGAUGAUGUCAUCUGAGAAUAAUAGUUCUGAAGUUUGCUAUAUUAGUUUUUGAAGUUGUCUGACAUCUAACAAAUUUUUAAUUGCACAAAAUACCUUUUAAAAAUAAAAUAGAUACAGUAUAGAUGUAGGUAUAGAUUCUAAACUGCUAAUUCUCAAUUUGUUCACCUCAGAAUUAACUUUCAUGUAGGGUAGCUAUAACUGGAUUACGCUUUCUUGUAAUAAAGUGUUUUAAUUGACUAAUUAAAUGCUUUUUUAUUAACUUG